UCGAGUUGCAAUUCUGAUAUUGAGCGGACACACACUUGACACUAUAAAUCUUGAAAUGACAUAAUUGUCAGCAAAAACCGGAUACAAAUUAAAUCGAACUCCUUGAUCUUGACCAAAUCGUCUUAAAAUAGCUCAAAAGCGACAAAAAAAGAAAAAACCGGGUUAAAAGAACAGCGACCCUAAACUGACAAAUAAAAUUUACAUACGUAAGGGUACAAGCAUCAAUAUUACGAUAACUCAAGUGAUCGUCCUUGAAAUGACGCCCUCAAAAACAUCAUCAGUUUUUGCUCAAUUGUGGUUUGAUCGCGUUCCGUUUUGCAGUAAUAUGUUUACCGAGGGAUUAGUUUUCGUGAUCACCGUUAUAGUCCUCUACUGCACAAUUCAGAGCUGGGUAAACAAGACAAUGAACUAUCCUCCUGGUCCUGCUGCUCUACCGAUCAUUGGAAACCUCUAUAACUUAGGAACUGUUCCACUCCACAAUCUGACCAAACUCAGCCAAAAAUACGGUAACGUCUUUCAGAUCUUCUUAGGAAGUCAACGAGCGGUUGUUGUCAGUGAUAUCACCACUGCAAAAACUGCCCUAUUAAGAAACGUCAAUGACUUUGCAGGGAGACCUAGUUUGCAUUCAGGUGAUAUCUACUCCCAUAACGGGAACGCAAUCAGCUUCGGAAAUUUCUCUCCCGCCUGGAAACUGCAAAAGAAGAUUGCACAUGGAGCUCUCAAGCUGUGCAGUGCUGGAUUGGAGAAACUAGAGAAGAUUAUUUGCAGAGAGAUCGAAGAAGUGUUUCGGCAGUUUGAUCUCAAUGAUGGGAAACUGCACAAUCCAAGCCAGAGUAUUAGUUUAGGAGUUCUCAACAUAACUUGCGCGUUGACCUUCGGUUCAAGAUACAGCGACUGCGAUCCAGAGUUUAGCACCGUUGUCGAACUGAACGACACCUUUGCGGAGACACUAGGUCUUGGAAAUUUAGUGGACAUAUUCCCUGCAUUAAAACACUUGCCAUUCGACUCAUACAACAUCCGGCGACUGAAGGAGUCAGUUCAAGAAAGAGAUAGGAUCCUUCUUAAGAAGUAUAAGGAACAACUGGAGACAUACGAGCCAGGCAAAAUCAGAGGUUUUACAGACGCACUUAUCAAAGUCAUGAAAGAAAAGGAACAAGACGACAAUAAGAUCAACUCCCUAAUUUCAGAAGACCACGUGCUCAUGAGCAUGGCCGACAUGUUUGCUGCCGGAUCAGAGUCAAUAACCUCCACAAUUCUCUGGGUGCUGCUUCUCCUGAACAACCACCCCGGGGUCCAGGAGAAGAUGCAUCGCGAGCUUGACGAAGUGAUUGGCCGUGAGCGUCUCCCAAGUCUCACGGACAAGAAGAACCUCCCUUACGUGGAAGCGACCUUGGCCGAGGUACUACGUCUUAGGCCACCGGCCCCUCUAGGGGUCCCCCAUAAGGCACUGGUGGAUACCACCUUAAACGGAUACAAUAUUCCUAAGGACACCACAUUGAUAGUCAAUUUAUGGGCCAUACACCAUGAUCCUAAGUACUGGGAGAGCCCCACCAGGUUUGACCCCGACAGGUUCCUGGACAAGAAUGGUAAUGUAGUGAAUCCUGCAUCUCUAAGCUAUCUGCCGUUCUCGGCUGGCAGGCGAGUGUGCCUGGGUGAGUUGAUGGCAAAAGCAGAGUUGUUCCUCUUUGUCUCUCAGCUAUUACACCAGUUCAAGAUUGAAAACCCACCCAACUAUCCCUUCCCCUCCCUUGAGGGGACCAUUGGCAUGGGACUGAAGCCCAAACCAUACACGGUUUGCAUCAAACGGCGAUUCUAGACUAGAAAAAAAUGAAAGGGUCCGGUGGCACAGUGAGUUUUAUCAUAAUAAAAAAGUUCUUGGAUAAUGCUUAAUCAAAACAUCAAAGUUGCAGCUCCGCAAACUUGCUUUACACUCUUACUUCUAAAGAACCCUCUUUUGUGAUCACAUAUUUAAUUCUGGAGUUGUUUCAAACUUCAACAUUCCUGUAUAGGUAAUAAGCUCGGAAUGAAAGAGGGCAAAAAACCUCGAAAAGAAAAAGAUUUAAUCCGAGAUGUCAACUUCUAAGAAUCAUCUUUUAGUUCGCAAAAUUGUGGCGUUAAAACGUACUGUUCCUUGCGUAUGCAAGGAUUCCAAAUUUUAAUACUUGAAUCUGGUAGCAUCUGUAAUACAAUAAACAUUCCGAUUAAUCAAUCUAUGACAAAACCUACGGGGGUAGCCAUGUUUAGUACCACUGUAACAAAUAAAAUGAAAUGAAAAAUAGUCUACAUGGACCUCACUCUCUCAUAGUGAAUCAAACAGAAACAGAACAUGGCAUUUCUGAAUAAAAUCUUUAACAAUAGCAAAUGGCCUCAAAACCAAAGAUGCGAUUCGCAUGGCCGAGCUCGUUAUCUAGCACUUUCGUUGUGUGUUUCUGAUACUUAUUUUGUUCUACUAAGUCUCCUUUCUCUUUCCUUUUCCUCGUCAAGAAAUGUGAUCGCUUUUCCACCAUCGUCGUUUAAUGAAAUUUUUAAAUUUUAAUGCAUGCCUGGUUAAAAGCAAGGCGCGCGAUGGCAUUGCAUAACAAACUGAUGAAGUGGAUGUAAAGAGUUAUAGAUAUCAAAUUAACCGAAGCUUGCGUGUUGUUG